AUGGAAUAUAGAUAUUUAGGUAACACUGGCUUGAAGGUAUCAGUUAUUUCUUUUGGAAAUUGGCUCAAUUCCAACGAUUCUACUUGGACUCAAAGGACUAUUGAUUUGGUGAAAAAAGCUCAUUCAUUAGGUAUUAAUUUCUUUGAUACUGCUGAAGUUUAUGGUUAUGGUGAAGCUGAAAAGUAAAUGGGUUUAGCCUUUAAAGAGCUUAACGUUGCUAGAGAAGAUUUAGUUAUAUCUACCAAACUUUUUUGGGCAACAAAAAGCGAUACUCUAAAUAAGGUUGGUCUAUCUAGAAAACAUGUUAUGGAAGGUAUUAAUAACUCUUUGAAAAAGUUAUAAUUGGAUUAUGUAGAUAUUGUUUUCUGUCAUAGAUUUGAUAAGUACACACCUUUAGAGGAAACAUGCAGGGCUUUCCAUGAUAUUAUUACAUCAGGUAAGGCUCAUUACUGGGGAACAUCUGAAUGGACUGCAGCUUAAAUUUUCGAAGCCUUCAUGAUUUGUGAGCGUUUCAAUUUAACUAAACCCGUAGUUGAAUAACCUUAAUAUAACAUGAUAUUUAGAGAAAAAUUUGAAAAAGAAUAUGGAAGACUUUUUGAUAUUUACAAGUAUGGCUCUACAGUUUGGUCCCCAUUAUUAGGUGGUAUUUUAACAGGAAAGUACAACGAUGGUAUAAAACCUGAAGAAUAAGGCAGAUUAACUACUUUUAGUGAUAACAGUGCUAUUCAAAACUAACUAAAAACAUACUUUAGCGAAGAAAACAAAGAAAAGUACACCCAUAUGUUGAAAGGAUUAGCUGAAAUAGCAAAGGAAAUAGGAUGCACUUAAGCUCAGUUAGCCAUGGCUUGGGUUAUUAAAAAUAAAGAUGUUUCAACUGCAAUAACUGGUGCUUCUAGACCUGAACAGCUUGAAGAUAUAGUAGGCUCUGUAAAAUAUAUCUCAAAAAUUACUCCUGAAAUAGAAGCUAGAAUCAACACUUUAACAGGAAAAAGACCUGAUGGUGAAAUGGACUUUAGAGUUUUUUCCCCACUUGAGCCUAGAAGAUGA